AGGAAGAGAGAGAAGUGGGUGGGUAGGGGGCCUUUACUGGUCAAAGCACUGUCCCAGUUUGAGAUCAAGGACAGAAGUGGUGCUGGUUGGGCUGGUAGAUCUACUGUGGGAAAUCUGCAUAAUCUUUUUGUUUGGAUCAUUUGGACAGAAAUCAUGGAAGACCAGAACCAGGUGGUAGUUCAGAAUGGACAGGCUGUCCGGGUGCAUCUAAAUGGGGUCCAGCCCAGGCUGGGCAGCAUGGAGGCCGACCUGCCCCUCUCCAGCUCCCAGAGGAGGCGCAGUGAUGUCAAAGUGUACAAGGAGUUCUGCGACUUCUAUGUUCGCAGUAAUAUGGCCAGUGCUCUUGCGAAUGCUAUCUGCGAACUCUGUAAAGCUGGCUUUUCCCCUGCGGAGAAGAUUGUGAACAGUAAUGGAGAGCUGUAUCACGAGCAGUGCUUCGUGUGUGCCCAGUGUUUCCAGCAGUUUCCAGAAGGACUAUUUUAUGAGUUUGAGGGCAGAAAGUACUGUGAGCAUGAUUUUCAGAUGCUGUUCGCCCCCUGCUGUAAUCAGUGCGGGGAGUUUAUAAUCGGCCGGGUGAUUAAGGCCAUGAAUAACAGUUGGCAUCCGGACUGUUUCUGCUGUGAUAUCUGCCAGGCCGUUCUGGCUGACAUUGGUUUUGCGAAGAAUGCAGGCAGACAUUUGUGCCGCCCAUGCCACAUCCGUGAGAGAGCGUGCAGCCUUGGGAAGUACGUAUGUCAGAAGUGUCAUGCCAUGAUUGAAGAACAGCCAUUGAUGUUCAGGAAUGAUCCCUACCACCCUGACCACUUCAACUGCAGCAACUGCGGGAAGGAGCUGACCGCUGACGCUAAAGAGCUAAAGAACGAGCUGUACUGCCUGCCGUGCCACGACAAAAUGGGUGUGCCAAUCUGCGGUGCCUGCAGGCGGCCAAUAGAGGGCAGAGUGGUGAACGCCAUGGGCAAGCAGUGGCACGUGGAGCAUUUUGUCUGUGCCAAAUGUGAGAAGCCAUUCCUGGGUCAUCGGCAUUAUGAGCGGAAGAGCCAGGCUUACUGUGAGACGCAUUAUAACCAGCUCUUUGGGAAUGUGUGUCAUCACUGUAAUCGAGUUAUUGGAGGAGAAGUGGUGUCUGCGCUGAAUAAGGCAUGGUGCAUCGGCUGCUUCACCUGCUCCACCUGCAGCACUAAACUCACCCUUAAGGAGAAGUUUGUGGAGCUGGAUCUGAAACCGGUGUGUAAACAGUGCUAUGAAAGAAUGCCGGAGGAGCUGAAGCGCAGACUGGCCAAGCGUGAACACGACUCCAAGGAGCGAAAGAGGAAGAUGGGUAUCUGUCUGUGAUCUUCGCCAGCAGUUGAAAUGUUGCAGUUCUAUGAGGAAAGUGCAGAAAUUUGAUGAUGUGUACUGUAGUAUUUUCUAGUAUUUGUUAUAAAUAUUCAAUGAUUUUAUCCUAUAUUGUACAUAAAUACUGAAGUCAUCCAGACCAAGAAGGAACACAUACUCAAUCAUAUAGUAACUUUAAAGUGUUAAACAAACCCAAAAUAUUCUGCAAUACCCAGAUACCCUGGUGGGUUCUUAUAUGGGGUGCUGUUAACUAACUGUGGUUUCUAAGGCUGGUAACUCUGUUGAACUUAUCUUGUGCAACACUGGUAACUCUUGCCCUUCUUUUUUGGGGGAUUUUCUGAUGAGAGCCAGUUUCAUCAUUAGGUUUAUGAUGAAUUUUUAUAAAGCUGGCUGAGAAAAUGCUAAGAUGGAAAAAGCUGUCAUCUAAGCAAAAGGUGAUACUUUGAACAUUACCUGGUUUGUUUAAUAUUUUUGUUUACUAAAUAAUUCUAUAUGUGUUUCUUCAUAGUUUGAAUGACUUUAAUAUUAAUCUUUAUUGCAGAACAUUUUAAAAUAAUGAAAAAACACUGAAUUUAAGGUGUGUCCAAAAUGUCACUGUAUGAAAUGUACACAUGCAUUGACAAGUUUUAAACCAGCAUACAGUGUUAUGCAUACAGAGUUGGCACCCCUGAUCAUUUUCAUGAUUUCCUUUAUAAAUCACUGGUUGUUCAGAUCGGCAAUUUCAGUGAAAUAUAUCAGAUGAUAUUGUAAUAUCUGACAAGUUUAUUGGAUUUACAGAAAGUGUUCAAUAAUUCUGUAAACAGAAAAAUUGGGCAGGUGCAUACAUUUGGGCACCCUUGUUGUUUUAUUAAUUUAAAUACCUUUAGCACUAAUUCGUUCUCAAAAUAGUUUAAGCUCAUUGUCUCUUGACCUACAUACACAGGUGAAUCUAUUUAUGAGAAAGGUUUAGGUGGCCAAUUGCAAGUUUUUUUUUCUUUUUGCAUCUUCUCUAAAGAGUGGAAACAUGGAAGCCUCAAAACAAAACUCUAAAAUUAGCUGAAAACAAAGAUUGUUCAACAUCAUGGUUUAGAGGAAGGAUACAAAAAGCUCAGAUCUCAGAGAUUUCAGCUGUCAGUUUCCACUGUGAGGAUCAUAGUGAGGAAAUGGAAGACCACAGACACAAUUCUAGUUAAGACCCCAAGUGGCGGACCAAGAAAAAUCUCAGAUAAUCAGAGGAGAAGGAUGAUGAGAACAGUCAUAGUCAACCCACAGAUCAGCUCCAAAGACCUACAACAUCAUCUUGCUGCAGAUGGAGUCACUGUGCAACAUUCAGCUAUUUAGAGCACUUUACACAAGGAGUGGCUGUAUGGAAGAGUAAUUAAUGCAGAAGAAGCAUUUUCUGAGCACACGCCACAAACAGAGUCACUUGAGGUAUGCUAAAUCACAUUUGGACAAGCCAGCUUCAUUUUGGAAUAAGGUGCUGUGGACUGAUGAAUCAUGAUAAUUAUCAGGGAUGCCCAAACUUUGCAAUACCAAUGUAACCAGGAUUUUAAUGUUUUAAUAUUGUUUGACUUUAAUCAUAAUUUUUAGAUUAUCUUAUAACUUUGUGAAAAUUCUAAAAACAUUUGGAGAUGUGGUUAAUCAAUUAAAAACAAUACAAAACAAAAAUCCAAGCCUAACACUGUCCCUAGAUCUGUGGUGUGAUUACUGUAGCUUUAAGUUAGAUUCUCACUGAGUGCAUUUACAUGCUUUUCAUAAUACAGAUAAAAACUCAUCAGACAAUAAUCAGAUUUUUGUUGCAGCCAGACAAUAAUCUCACAGAAUAAGACGUGAUAAAAACAUUGCGUAAAACAUGAACUUCACACUGCAAUAUGGUCAUGAACAGCUAGAAAAUGAAGAUUAUUUAACCUGCAGUUUCAGGGUGUCUCACAAAGUAUUUGGUUGGGAUCUCACAGGUGCUGUGUUAAACUCGCUUAUUUCCACCCUGUUUUCACUCAUGCACAUCCCAGAAUACUCCGGUUAGCCCACUGUAGCAUGAUUUUUUUCAUAUUUAUUGGGAACAAAUAUUGUAGCCUGUUGAUAUAUCCAUUAAAAAAUAACUGCACAAUGUUGCACUGAGACAAAAAUAAAAAAACCCUGUUUUAGUAUGCAAAUGAAAAUAAACUAGCCACAAUAAUGACAAAGACAUUAAAAGGAAAAUUCAAUUAUCAAAAAUAUUCUUUGGUGCCUAAAAGCCAAUCCAUGCCAUAGAGGGUAUGACUUCAUACUCAGUAUGAAGUCAGUGUAAACUCAGUUUAUAUUACUACUUCAUUUAUACAGCAUAUUAAUUUAGCAUAUAUUGUGGAAUGUAUUGUUAUUGUAUUGCUAUGAGGUGCACUGAUUUGCCUCAGCUUCUCUUUGGAUUGUAUAUGUUAUUUGUUUGGAGUUUAUUUAGUAUUCACUGCCUAUUGCUUGAAAUGAAAAUAAUUUAAAUAAAAUGAAUGUAUACCAAAAAAAA